AUGGCUUUCGGAAGGGUUUUAUAUCUAGGAUUAAUUUUUCUAUUAUUUGAGACAGUAAGGAAUGAAGAAAUUAAUACGAAUGUCACGUGUCAAUUUGAAAAGCCUCUUCGUAAACAAAUCGAGGCUGAACCCUUGAAUGGCAAGUGUUUGCGAGAUAUAGUUCUUGAGUUUUCGAAAGCACUUAGAACAAUCAGUAAUGAAGAACUUGGAGUGACAAUUUUUCAAGAAAUGCUGGAUAAGCAAGAAUUUCUCAAUAUUUCUAAUGGUCUUGACAUUAGACUGAAAAAUCUCGUGGCGAAAUUGGAUAAUAAACUAAAGUCUUAUGUUGAGCUUUUGCGUCAAAGCAAUAGUGUUAUUCAACAAAUUUUGCUAAAACACAGCCAAAAUAAUUAUCAAAAUCAAGGUAUUCAGCUUGAUUUUAUUCAUAAUCGUGUUUCCCUGGAUGAAAAGGUCGAUCUUUGUUCACAAAUCGCCUCUGCCCUAUCUUCGAAUUUAAGAGACCAGGAAUGGAAAAAUUUACAUAUUCUACCAGUGAGUCAACCUGGAACAAUGUGUGGACCGCCAAGCCUAGCCCACAACAUAGGUCCUCUUUUUCUCUCCCAAUGUAGUCGUUCAAAAAACGUUAUUUUACUCCUGGAACACGGAAUGUUUAUGUCGGAAGGCGAUGUGACUUUGGCUCAAAUAACUGCGAAAACUGUGAUUGACAUGCUGUCAGAAACAGAUUUCGUAACUGUCGUCGGUUUGGCUGGUCGUGGUUCAUUGCAUUGCAAGCAAGGCUUAAUGAAAGCGAAUGAUAUCAACAAAUUCCAGUUGACACGCCAUAUUGACACCAUAACUCGAAUUGAUUCAAACCUGACUUUGGAAGUAGAUUUUAAAGCAUUAACAGAAAAUUUGAUCGGAGAGGUUGUUGUUAUUCAUUUAACAAACAUGCUGAAAAAUACUUCGAAUAUAAAAAGCAUCGCUGAUAGAAUUUCUUCCAAGAAAGUGACGGUGCAUUUGCGAACAAUAUUGAUUCUCUCUGAUUUACAACCCCAUGCGAAUAUUAAAGAAUAUUCAAAAGACAGCAACACAAUAAUAUUGCCGACCCAAAAUAUCCUAGGCUAUGAAAUAGCCAAACUCUUUGUCGGAUUAAAGUGCACGAGUGACGAAAGAAAAGAUUAUUAUUUAUCCGAUCCUUAUUUUGAACCAUAUAGCAAAGCAAUGACGGUGUCAGUUGGCCAAAUAACAAACACUGCAUUGUUAUCUUUGGAUGUAAAAUUAAGAGAUUUCCUGGAAGAUGUUACUUAUUUUAAUGCCGGUCCAAAUACUCAUGCAAUUCUCUUUGACAAGAACGAAGUUGUUUGGAUGCAUAAGAGUUUUCCUCGAAUGGAAAUGAUCUUUGAACAGCCUUUAAAAGUCUAUUUAUACAAUCUCGAAAAUAUAGAUUCAGAAACGAUUCGACAGAUUUUGAACGAGUCGGAGGGAAUUACAGAUUUGAAGAGUGGAUCGGGAAUAAAAAAACGAAUUUGGUGGAGACAUCUGGGUUAUAAAGAUUUAAUAGCCUGUAUAUUUUCCGAAGCUGAAGGAGAAUUUCUACCCGCUGCCAAAACUGUGCCACCCUUGCCGUCUAAUAUUUUACAUCAUCGGCUUGAUCUGAUGCUGCAAUCUGCAAUCAACAAAGAAACGUUCUGUUCUAAUCACAACAGAAUCAUGACUCUCGCUACUGCAGUCGUUUAUCUAUCGCCCUGGUGUUUCCAAUCACCAACGGAACAACUAAAAUUACUAGAAACUGGAUCAGCGGUUACGGUUCAGAGUUACAUGGCUUAUAUCAAAGACUUGACGCGACUUCUUGCCAAUCCUGGUUUACAUCCUUCGGUCAGAUCAGACGUUGGAACAUUGGCUCAAAUUUUCAAUCAUUUUAAAAAUCGGCACACUGAAAGUCCAUUAAGUAAAUUCAUAGUCCGAAGAUACGUCGUUGCUUCUGUGAGCGGAGCAAUGGAAGUUUACCCAGGAAUCGUCCUGGAUUCCGAACUCGAUCCAAAAAGACGCGCAUGGUAUGGGAAAGCACUGGAGUAUCCAGGAAAAAUAGUCCUGACAACUCCUUAUUUAGACGCCGGAGGUGCCGGUUACGUUGUGACUCUAAGUCACACAGUUUACGAAGGAAGAUCUGCAGCUCUGCAUUCUAAUAAUGAUCCAGUUUUGGCAGUCGUUUCUAUGGAUAUCACGAUGGGGUAUUUUUCUAGAAUACUCUCGGAAAUGUUUCCAUUUUGCAAUGAAUCGACUGUCAAAUGUUUUCUGAUGGACGAUAAAGGGUACCUCGUGUUUCAUCCAUCGAUGCUGGAGCCUACGAGUAAAGUCGAGCAACAGCAUCUCACACAUAAAGAAUUGCUAGUUGCGAAUGAUAUUCUGAAUCACGAGUUCUUUGUGAGAAAGAAGUCAUGUGCUAGUUAUUUGGAUGGCACAGUGCAAAGAUAUUAUCAACUUAACACUUCCCUCGAAGAGGUUUUGACGAAUAUUGUUCAUGGCGAACAUUGUGUGAAAUACCAAGUUGCGGCUGUUCCUAGAACUAAUGUCUUUCUUGGAGUUGUAAACGCGACAUGUAAUUUACACCGGGCCUUUUCAUUCUGCCCAUGCAGUACGAUGGACAGACUAUGUUUUAACUGCAAACGAAUGGAACAAACCGAGUGCGAAUGCCCCUGUGAAUGUUCUUUAUACUCAACAUCUUGUGUGCAAAAAAAUCUCAGCAUUUUAGAACCAUGUCCAGCGCCUUAUGAACAAGGAGUUAGUUCUCAAGCGCCUUGGACACAACCAGUAUUACUUAAAUCAUGUCCUUCCUUCAACUGCAAAUCCUACCAGACUGAAAACGAAUGCCUGGGAGUUGUUAAUUGUCAAUGGUGUCAUUUUGACAGUGACGGAGAAACUCCUCUUCAAACUCCUUUUUGCUCCGACCUCUCUCUUUGCUUCAGAGGAGUUUUUGGCUCUUUAGUUCCCUACGGAGACGGAACUUACAAUUCGCAAUCAACAGAGGAAGUCCUGCCUCGAGAAUGGCCAUCCGUGGGACCAGUUGCAGGUGGAAUUCUCGCCUUCGUCCUCGUCAUAGGAAUCACCCUCUUCUGCUAUAGAUUGCGGUCAGUUCAAUCCGGAUUGGAACACCAGUGCUUACACCUCAACACUUCCCCAGACACAUUGAGAAUGACACACCUCGAAGGCGAACCAGAACCGAUGGAAAUGGACCAAAUGAAAAACAACCUAGAUUCACUUCUACGGGAAGGUAUAGCCCCGAUUUCUCCCUACAGAGUAUCUACAAAUUACAGAAGACCUCCUGGAGGUGACAGUGAUCAUGGAUACAGCACAAUGACACCUCACGACGACUCUGAGCAACAAACAUUCGCCGAACCUUUGCUAAUUGUCGGUGGAAACACUGAACCUGACCUGGUGAAACAAACCAGUGGACCGCCUUCCCCGACGACUCACUUAGGAUCCCCACAUCAUGUCUUAGCCCCCGUUACGGUCCAUCGACACAUGGAGGCCAAUUUUUGUUAGCUGCGACUGACAAAUUUUAUAUAGAGUAAGCAAAUCUUUUAAUGUUAAUGGACAUUUUCAUGACUGUUUUAAACGACGAAACAUCUAAUGAAGAGUGUGGAAAUACUCUGCUUUCUAUUUUUAUACAAUGAGACAAGCAUUUUUCGUCGAGUAUUUUUACGGACUUUUAUACCUCGAACUCAGAAGUGACAGUAUGGGGCCAUCCACUAAUUGCGCAAGAAUUUUUGUAUGAAAGGGAAUUCAGGAAAUCUUAAGAAUUGUUUCUAGUUUUAAUUUGAAAUUAUUCCUAUUUUUUAAUUAGUUAAUGUGAAGAUUCAAAAUGAUCAAAUUGCUUACUUUUAAGGCUUCAAAUGAGACACUUUAGUUUAAAUUACUGCAUUUAACAUGGAAAGGUCGACACUUCCAGAAAAAAUGUCUUGGGUAAUUUAUGGGUCCUCAAGCUAGAUUCCGGAAGGAAAUAAAGGGUACCUUGGUUAACUGUUGGUUGUACAAAGUAACUAUCUCUAUUUUUUAGAUCAGUGUACAUUUUUAAUGCCGAUGUGGUGCUAAGCAGACGUGAAUUGAUUCAUUAAUUUUACCACUAUUUAUUUUUCAUGCAAGUACAUAAUCAAAUGCUAAUCAAGUACAAAGACAAGUGAAGUUCGUUUUUUCUUAAAAGUGCCAAUUUUCUAUUUUUAACCUACCCGUGACUUCACUUUCGUGAUACUUGUGACUGAUUUUUUGGUAAAAGAAUGAAAUAUUCUUUUUAAUUCAAGGUUCACAAUUACAGAUUGCGCAACUUAUACAUACUAUUAAGCUUAUGUAUUUUUAAUGAAAGGUUUAUGUGACAAAAAGUGAAAAAGUACAUAGACUGAAGUUCAAACUACCGCAAAUUCAUAUUUAAACCAAAAAAUACUCCCUGGGUAAAAGGCAAUAUUGCUCAAGAAUUUUUUAAAUAAUGACUGGAAAUGUAAUUUAGGUUCUUCCUACUUUUUUUAAGCGAGAGGCAAUUUUAAAAUCCUGGAGUUGGAUUUAAGAAACUUAAGGGGAUUUAAAAGGACGGUAAUUAUAAUUCUACGUACAAUGAUAAUUGUAUUUAAAAUAUUUCGUAAAAUACCGUUUGUCUAUUCUGCAUUUAUUUUGAAUAACCUACCAGUUGUGUUUGCGGGUGAGUGUUAAAGUAUUAGAAAAAUAUAAAUGUCUAUGAAGACAGCAAAGUAUUUUAAUAUACGAGUAACAAAAGUUUAAUGACAUUUUUUUUUAAUUUCAUGUCAGAAAAAUGGUAGUGAAUUAUGUAUAAUGUAUGAAUAAUUGAAUGAAGGUUGUCUUUAAAUGAAGAAGUAUUUUAAUAUAGAGAUAUGAGUAGCGAACGUAUGUAGAUAAUUAUAAAUUAAGUUUUAUAUUAGAAUAUGUUUAAAAUUAAGUGAAAGUAUUUACAACUUGAAAUUGGUAUCGCUAACAUUUUAUAUCGAUGAUAAAUAAAAACCGGUGAUAAUUUAGGUUCUGAACCUAGUUUGUACUCAUCUUGCCGUUAACUGCAAUUUAUAAUAUUGAAGAAAAUCAAUUUUUUGUACAUCCUGAACUUAAAGUAACGAAAUGUAAGAAGGAAAUCAUGUUACAAAUCAUGGACAUAGGAAACAAGUGACUAGGCAUGUCAUUGCGGGGGUGAUGCAAUGAGGGGGAGGUCCGCCACCUUUUGAUGUCCCGCGACAAACAUGGCAGCGUCCACAUGUUU